AUGGACGAUCAGGGGGAGGCGUCACGCAUGGAGGGGCGAGAGGGGCUGCUGGGCCGGCCCCAGAAGAGAGCCUCCCGGUGGCUCAGCCUGGGGAUGAUCCAGCCGGCCCGGAGGGUGCAGGGCUCGGACGCCGUGGAGUUCGCUCCAGUUGAUGAGCCCAGAUAUCAUGGGCCUGCGAAGGCGACAAAGGAAAGUGCCACCCUUGUGAAGGCGUGCCAGGCCCAAUAUGAGGAUCUGGAGGCAGCUGGGGAAGCCGUUCAUUGUUUCAGGGAGAGUUCCAGCAGUGUGAAGGAGGCUGCAAUCAAGGCCAUGGCAGCUUUAGACAUGGUCCUGCUGAGCGAGAAGAGAGUGGAGCCUCACCUGUCCAAGCUGAGUGCAGAAAUCCGUGCGCUGCUCACAAGGGGAACGAUGCUUGUACGAAAGUAUGGCGAAGCACCUUGUCUUGUAAGGCAACUGCGCACAGGGGCCAAGAAGAGGAGUGUGACUUUGCGCUUCCACAAACUGGCUCAGCAGCUGGAGCUGCUGGCUGACCAGGCCUGGAAACUACGGGAGAAGGGGGAGGCUUUUGUGCCCGAAAGCAAGGAGGGGGUGAAUGGGAAGGGCUUGGGUGUUCCCACUGUUUCAGGAAGGUCCAGACGUGCGCCAGGUGACUUGGGUUUCCAUCUUGUGAAGAAACGAAUUCGUAGGGGCAAGAGAGUGGAGAGGCCAAUCAUGGCUCUUCUGUACAUCGAGGACUGCAUGUCAGCUGGAGGGGUGCAGGCUCGUGACACCCAGGGCAUCCUCUGGUGGUCAAGGGCUGGCAAACUCUUUCGGCAUGACUUGGGCACCGACGCCACCAGCGUAAUAAGUGGGGAGAGGAUCGGUUCAGCAGUGCUGUGCCUGGCCAGCGACCACUUGGGCAGGAUCUGGACUGGCCAUGAAAAGGGAAUUCUGAAGGUUUGGACCAACAAUGGAGAAAUCUUGUUGGCAAGCUCGCAAUGUCAAAGCAGCGCUGUCAGGGCGAUCUCUAUCGACGAGUGGGGGGUUGGCUGGGUGGGUUGGGGGAAUGGCAUUGUGAGGAGGUUGGAGAUCAGAGGCAAGGAGGGUUUCUACCAGCUGGAGGUGCUUGGGGUGCUUUCCCCAUCUGGCAGGGACACACCUUGCGAUGUGCCAGGCAAAGGUCGCAGGCAUCCCCAGGGGCUCCAUAAGGUAUUCAGCUUGAAGACUGAGCCACGUGCUCACCAAGGCAGAGUGAGGUGCAUCUUCCCAAAGAAUGGUAAAGUGUACACGUCUGGUGGAUCGAGCCGUGCAUGUUCAAGCAUCAAGGUGUGGGGUGACACAGGAGAUGCACUGGGCAGUCGGCACUGCUCCCAUUAUGGUCUCUGCGAUUGUAUGGCAGCAAUGAAUUGGGAGGCGAAAAAGAGAACCACAGCCAUCGACGAUGACUGGCGUCUGAUCUCAGGGCAUGACAGUGGCGACAUUGUUUUGUGGAACCCCACUUCGCUCCUGCCGAUGGUCAAGGUCGGUCAGAGCAAGAGCUCCAUUAGGAAUGUUUUCGUGAACGAGCCUCUGGGCAUGGUCUACAUCAGCCACCACGACGGUAGCGUGGCCUUCUGGUCCAUACUUCGCCCCGACCCCAGCACGCCUGGCAUGAACACCAGCACCAACACGCAGUACCACGCCCUGUACAAGCACUUGCCCAAGCAGGGGUGCUUCAGGGCACACCGGGGCAGGAUAAUGCACGCGGCAGGCGGCACGGAGAGCAUGGUCACUGCCAGCCGCCUGGGCACGGUAUCCUUCUGGCCGGAGGCCUUCCUGCAGGAGGAGGCGCGCAAGGCUGGCUUCUCGCUGCCCACGGUGCCGGGCCCCUUCCGGAAGCGGGCGACGCAAAUAUGGGUGAAGCGCGUGAGCAAGGUGGAUACGGUGCACCGGUUCAACACCCUGAAGAACCUGCGGGUGCCGUCGGACCCAGAGCUGUCGGCGCCGCCGCGCCUGGCCGGCAGCGAGCCGCCCCCCAUUCCGAAGGGCCCCCCGAGAGACGGAUCGUCAAAAUCCGCCGCCCCCCGGCCCAGCACGUCCGCGGUGCCGGCCCCGGAGGUGCAGCCGGAUCCCCUUGAGGAGCGGCCGAGGGAGGUGGGCACGCGGGAGAUUGAUAUUGCCAGCAGGCUGGCGGCCGCCGAUCGGGCGGCGGUCGUGGAGGCGGAAUGGACGAGUAGGGAGGAGUACCAGGACGCUACGCGCCUGGGCACGAUACAGGAGAUUUCCUCCAGCGUGCUGAGCAGUGGCCAGAGUAUGCGCCCUGUGGCGGAGGACAUGUCAUCGCCCGCAUCGCAGGCAUCACCCGCAUCGCAGGCAUCGCCUCCAUCCACCACGCCACAGCUACUGGCAAACUCUUUUGAUCGCUUCACCUCCUACCCUAAGGGUGGCCACAGACUGGGCCGGCAGGCCAGCAUUGUGAUCGACCCCCUUCCACCUGAGCACUCGAUCCUGCUGAACCGCCAUGACCUGAGUUGGGACAAAACGGAUGCAGAGACGCUGGGGGAUGGUGCCUUCGGGACUGUUUACAGGGGAAAGGCAUUCAUGACAGACGUGGCAAUAAAGGUGCUGAAAGUGAACAACUUGCUGGGGAACUCUGGCAACCUUAAAUCUCCUGAUGAAGACCCAGACAGCCACGAGAGGGCAGAAGCCGCGCUAGCGAAAGCCAUGCACAUGCUGCAGCGGGAGGCACAGGUAAUGUACUACCUCCGCCACCCCAACAUCGUGAUGUUCAUGGGCGUGUGCCUAGACCCCCCCUCCCUUGUGACAGAGUACUGCGCCAAGGGCUCCCUCUUCGACCUGUUGCAAAGGGUGAGGGAAGGUAACGAGGCUAUGGGCAAGCAAUUGACUUGGCGCCGACUUGCAAAGAUGGCGCUGGAGGCGGCAAUGGGAGUUUACUACCUGCAUAGGCAGGACAUCGAGCACCGUGACCUGAAGUCACCCAACCUGCUGGUGGACGCUUUCUGGAAGGUCAAGGUCUCAGAUUUUGGGACAUCAAAGUUAUUAUCUCCUUACGUCCAUGCUUCGUCAGUCCAUGCAAGCAACCCGCGCUGGCUGGCACCCGAGGCCCUCAGGGACAAUGUGUAUGGCUUCAAGGCAGAUGUCUACUCCUUUGGUAUCAUCCUGUGGGAGCUCCUCACAUGGCAGCAGCCCUGGGAGGAGUGCCCCCGCAGCUGCCAUGCUGUCACGAUCUACAACUGGGUGCUGGAAGGCCAGCGGCCUGAGGUGCCCUUGGCCAGCAACCUGCCUGGGGGACGCUGCCCAGUCUAUGGCGACUGGACAGACCUCAUUCGCAGGUGCUGGGACCAGAACCCCAAGAGGCGACCGGACUUUUCCUUCCUGGUGAAGCGCCUGGAGGAGAUGCUUCGGACAGUGGUCAAGACAGAGGUGUCCCUGCAGAACUCGGAGGAAACGGUGGCUUCCCGGGCGGUCCAAACCAGCCCACAGGUGCCAAUGCCCAUUCAGGUGGAGGGCGGAUACCCUGGCCCAGCCCCCGCCAUAGGGCGUGUGUCUGGGAGCCCUAGGGAGCACAGCCGGCACACACGGGCGCCUUCCCCUGCCCCCACGAUGUCACCCUUUGUUCCUCCAGGCUCAGCAACGCCCUCCCAGCAGGCCAGCACACCCUACGCCAUGGCAGAAUCGCCUACGAUGGACAACCCGUUCAUGAUGGCUGCUAUGAAGGGAGGGCCCCCCGCUUCGUUCCUGUCGCCCCGGCUGGCUAGGCCGACGGUGUCAGAUGCCAGCUCAGAGUUGAUGCAGGGGGUGGAGGUGAACACGCCGAUGGAAGCCAGCCACGAGCAAAGCCUGCAUGCACAAUCGCUUGACAACACGCCUUCCUCCUCCCCCUUUGUCGCUGGAGCCAAUGGCUCAGUGGGCAGUGGUGGGGAUGCCCAUCGCCUGCCUGAUGGUGACCACCGUUUUGGCACUGUCGCUGAGGAGGCCCUCCUGGUCGCCUCCAUGGACCCCCGGUCAUUGCGACCAGAGGGCGGGCCCCACCAGCGGCCCAGCGACAGCGCCUCCUCUAGUGUCCGCCGGCUGGAGAGCGUUGCUAGCAGCUUGGCCUCCAACACAGUGACGGCGAGUGACGGGGGCCAAGACUUCGAGGGGCUGGUCUUGGUGCACAGCGGCAGCAAGGAUCGCCCACACCGGUCCAGGGCAAAGAAGGCCAAUGAGCUGAAGCUCAUCGCACAAUACGUAAAUGGGCUGAUAGGGGACGACUCGCCGGCUGGCACGCUGGCACGGCGGAUCAGCGAGAAGGGGUUAGAUGUGGAGGAGGGGGAGGAGGACUCGUGGGGACUCUCUGAAAAUCAGUCGCUGGUGGACCAGCUGAAGCACGCAAUCGACAAUCACCAGGGCAGGGAGGAGGUCAUGACCCUGUGGGAGAAUUACCUGCGGGCAUCGCCUGGCCUCCGGGGAGAGUGA